ACACCAGGAGGAGGAAGUGGCGAGAUCGAGCUCAAGGCAUCAGUCGCUGCCGGGACCUGGGGUUAAGAGGAAUGAAAAACUCCUAUUGGGAAAUAAAUGUUCGUUUAAACAGCGCCUGUCCUUUGGGAAUCUACUGGAUUAAGCGGCUGCAGGAAGGUGACCACAGCGUCUGAGAUAUGGGGAGCAAAGAGAGAUAUCACUGGCAAAGUCACAAUGUCAAGCAAAGUGGGGUGGAUGACAUGGUCCUUCUGUCCAAAAUCACCGAGGAUGCGAUCGUGGAAAAUCUUAAGAAACGUUAUUUGGACGACUAUAUUUUUACUUACAUCGGAACAGUGCUCAUCUCCGUCAACCCCUUCAAACAGAUGCCUUACUUCACAGACAGAGAAGUUGAAAUUUAUCAAGGAGCGGCUCAGUAUGAAAAUCCUCCACAUAUUUAUGCUCUUACGGACAAUAUGUACAGGAAUAUGUUGAUCGACGCAGAGAACCAGUGUGUGAUCAUCAGUGGAGAGAGUGGAGCUGGGAAAACCGUGGCAGCAAAAUACAUCAUGGGUUACAUCUCCAAGGUGUCAGGCGGAGGAUCAAAGGUUCAGCAUGUUAAGGAUAUCAUCCUACAAUCGAACCCUCUGCUCGAAGCCUUUGGAAAUGCCAAGACUGUGCGGAACAAUAAUUCCAGCCGAUUUGGGAAAUAUGUCGAGAUACAGUUCAGCCGUGGUGGUGAACCAGAUGGAGGCAAAAUCUCAAAUUUUCUUCUGGAGAAAUCACGAGUUGUUAAUCAGAACGAGAAUGAGAGAAACUUCCACAUUUUCUAUCAGCUUCUGGAAGGUGCAUCCCGAGAGCAAAUGGAAAACUUGGGCAUUGCUGAUCCCACAUACUACUUUUACCUAAACCAGUCGGGCACCUACAAGGUGGAUGGAACAGACGACAAGAAAGACUUCACCGAAACAAUGAAUGCCAUGCAAGUGAUCGGUAUUCCGGCUGACAUCCAAUUGAUGGCGCUGCAGAUCAUUGCUGGAAUCUUGCACCUUGGAAACAUCAAUUUUGUUGAAGAUGGAAAUUAUGCCAAAGUGGAGGAUGAAGAUCGCCUGGCCUUUCCGGUGUUCCUGUUGGGAAUUGAUCAAGGGAAGCUGAGGGAGAAGGUGACUAGCAGAAAAAUGGACAGUAAAUGGGGAGGCAAGACGGAGUCCAUCAACAUGACCCUGAAUGUAGAACAGGCGGGUUACACCCGGGAUGCCUUGGCCAAGGCUCUCUAUGCACGACUGUUCGAUUACCUGGUGGAUGCUGUCAACAAAGCUAUGCAGAAGCCAUACGAAGAAUUCAGUAUUGGAGUGCUGGAUAUUUACGGGUUUGAAAUUUUCCGGAAAAAUGGGUUUGAACAAUUCUGCAUUAAUUUUGUGAAUGAGAAGCUCCAGCAGAUUUUCAUUGAAUUAACCCUGAAGGCAGAACAGGAGGAAUAUGUACAAGAGGGGAUAAAGUGGACGCCUAUUGAAUACUUCAAUAACAAAGUUGUAUGUGACCUGAUUGAGAACAAGAGUCCGCCUGGAAUUAUGUGCGUCCUGGAUGAUGUCUGUGCCACCAUGCAUGCCACGGGAGAAGGGGCAGAUGCAACGUUGCUGCAGAAGCUCCAGGCUGCAGUAGGAGGCCACGAUCAUUUCAACAGCUGGAACCAAGGAUUUAUAAUUCACCACUAUGCUGGAAAGGUAUCCUACGAUGUUAAUGGAUUCUGUGAGCGCAACAGAGAUGUCCUCUUCACCGACCUGAUAGAACUCAUGCAAACCAGUGAAUUCCCCUUCAUUCAAUCCCUGUUCCCAGAAAAUCUACAGAACGAGAAGAAAGGCCGACCAACCACAGCAAGCACGAAAAUUAAGAAACAAGCGAAUGAUCUGGUCAGUAGGUUAAUGAAGUGUACCCCUCACUACAUCCGGUGCAUCAAACCCAAUGAGACGAAGAAACCAAAGGACUGGGAGGAGAACAGGGUAAAGCAUCAAGUUGAAUACCUGGGACUAAAGGAAAAUAUUCGAGUACGGCGUGCUGGAUUUGCCUAUAGAAGACCUUUCCCAAAAUUCCUCCAGAGGUACGCCAUCCUGACACCGGAAACCUGGCCCUGUUGGCGUGGUGAUGAGAAACGUGGGGCUCAGCAUCUCCUUCAGUCUGUCAAUAUGGACGCUGACCAGUUCCAGAUGGGAAAAGGCAAAAUAUUUAUAAAGAAUCCAGAAUCGCUCUUCCUCCUGGAGGAAAUGAGAGAACGGAAGUUUGAUCGAUACGCAAGAACCAUUCAAAAAGCAUGGAGGAAGUACGUCGCAUGGAGAAAGUAUGAGCAGAUGAGAGAAGAAGCCUCCAGCAUUCUCUACAACUUCAAAGAGAGGCGACGGAACAGUAUUAACCGAAACUUUGUUGGUGACUAUCUCGGCAUCGAAGACAGACCAGAGCUACGACAGUUCCUCCACAAGAGGGAACGGAUAGAUUUUGCAGACUCUGUCACAAAGUUUGAUCGAAGAUUUAAGGGAAUAAAGCGAGAUCUCAUCCUGACCCCAAAGUACAUUUAUCUAAUUGGUCGAGAAAAGAUUAAGAAAGGACCAGAAAAGGGCCAGAUCAAGGAGGUCAUGAAGAGGAAGGUUGAUAUUCAGAACAUCACCGGUGUGUCAAUGAGCACCAGACAAGAUGAUUUCAUUGUCCUGCAUGAACCGGAGUACGACAGCCUCGUGGAGUCCAUUUUCAAGACUGAAUUCGUUAGUCUUCUAUGCAAAAGAAUUGAAGAACUCACACAUCAAAAAUUAAAGCUCAACUUCUCUGACUCCAUCCAGUUCAAAAUCAAGAAGGAAGGCUGGGGUGGAGGCGGCACUCGAAGCCUCGUCUUCAGCAGGGGCCAAGGAGAGCAGGUGGUGCUAAAACCUGCCGGGAAAACACUCAAUAUUAGCAUUGGAGAUGGAUUACCCAAGAACUCCAAGCCAACAAAGAAAGGAGCUCCAGAGAAAAGAGGGUUGAAGAAACACUCUCCUGCCAGAUCUGCUCCCCCAGCACCAACAGGACAGUAUGGAAAUGGUGUUCCACGAUUCUCACAGGGUUAUCACAUGAAGCAGGAACAAAUGUACUCCACACCUGUGAAAGGCAUGGCAAAGUCUGGCAGCAUUUCGGAGAAGCCCUCGCUGCCAAAACAGGGCGCUACGACUAAAGCAAGGAAGUCCACAAAUAGCAAUGUGAACAUGGAGUUUAUGAGAGUUCCUGAUGAAGGCAUCGCAGGGGUCCAGAGAAGACGAAGUGUAUCACAAAGAGCCCCGCCAGCAGUGGGACGUCCAAAACCACAGCCACGAACUCCCAAGUGUCGGGCCCUCUAUCAGUAUAACGGUCAGGAUGUGGAUGAACUCAGCUUUAACGUUAAUGAUGUCAUUGAUGUACUUCUGGAAGAUUCAUCAGGAUGGUGGAAGGGCCGUUUACACGGAAGAGAAGGACUUUUUCCAGGAAACUACGUGGAGAAGAUUUGAACCUUUCAGGCUGGAUCUCAGGUUGCAACGUUGGUAAAGUCAGAAGCACAAAAUUACUGAGCAGUUGAUGGUGCAACAGAGCAUUCAGAUCAAUGGGGCUUUAUUCAAUAAAAUCCCUCCUGUCAACUACUAUCACAGGAACCUGUCCACUAUGAAAUUAGAUCCUAUUCAAUUUGUAUACCCCAUAUUUUACAGACAUAGUUGCCUAUAGAUCCACUAAACCUGGGAUCCAGUGAACACAAUUCACAAUCAAUAAACAAUAAGGUAUCAAAGAUCAUUUUAAAUGAAAUCAAUAAUCUUUGUACAAAAUAAAUUUGAUGAUUGAUGGGCUUUGUUAUUUUGAUAAAAUGAAUGAACAAAAUUGUUAAGAUUUUGUAAGUUAUUUGCUUUACCAAAGGAAAACAAUUAAGCAUUUCAUUCUUAUUCCUUCAAUGGCUGUUGUUGUUUUGCUGAACAUUGUGGACAUGCUCUGUUGGGGCAGGAAUGUGUGGCAACACUUACGGGCUGCAGUCCUUGAGGUGUGGUUUAUACCCACUGCGCUGAGAGAAUCCCAGGACUUUGACCCAAUGACAGUGCAGGAACAGUAUGAUGAGUGGUUUAGAGGGUAACUUCCAGGGGGUGGUGGUCCUCGUGCUUUUUCUGCCAGCUGGUAGAGGUGGUAGGUUUGGAUGGUGCUAGCUAAGGGUACUGUUGAGUGAGGAGAGAUGGUAUGAAUACUGCUACUGUGUGUUGCUGGUGAAGUGUAUAUGUGGAUAGAUGCUUAAUGAAGUGGGCUUCUGUGUCCCAUAUGGUGUCAAGUUUCUUGAGUGUCAUUGAAGCCGCACUACCCCUGGCUGGUGGAGAAUGUGCCAUCACACUCCUGUCGAGAAUAAGACCACAAGACACAGGAGCAGAAUUAGGCCAUUCAGCCCAUCGAGUCAGCUCCAGCAUUCCACAAAGGUCGAUUUAUUACCCCUAUUAACCCCAUUCUCCUGCCCUCUCCCCAUAACCUUUGAUCCCCUGAUCAAUCAAGAACCUAUCAACCUCCGUUUUAAAUAUACUCAAAGAUUUGGUCUCCAUAGCCAUCUGUGGUAAUAAAUUUCACAGAUUCACCACCCACUGGCUAAAGAAAUUUCUCCUCAAAUCUGUUCUAAAUGUACAUCCCUCAAUUCUGAGACUGUGUCCUCUGGUCCUAGACUCCCCCACUAUAGGAAACAUCCUCUCCACGCCCACUCUAUCUAGGAUUAGUGUUCAAUGAGGAUCCCCUCAUUCUUCUAAACUCCAGAGAGCACUGGCACAGGGUCAUCUAAUGCUUCUCAUACAUUAGCCCUUUCAUUCCCAGAAUCAUUCCUGUGAACCUCCUCUGGACCCUCUCCAAUGCCAGCAGAACCUUUCUCAGAUAAGGGGUGUAAAAUGAUUGGAUUUAGACGAGUUACUCUCACAGGAUUUCCAGCCUCUGAAGUGUUCUGCAUUCCACAUUGCAUUUUUGGUGACUGCAGUUCAGUGAACUGGCUGAAGACCGGCAUCUCCUGCUGAGGCCUCCAGAGGAGGCUGAGAUGGGCCACACACUUGGUAUCUCUGCUGGAACUUCUAGCAGAGGCUUUGGCUUCCUUGUUUCACAGAUGGAUUGGGCUGUGAUGUUAACGCAUAUGAAUGGAGCCUGCUCCUCCAAGUUGUGGCUUGAUGAGAUGUGAUCUGUCGGAUCACUUGGCUUUGCCAGUCCAUGCUACUGAGUAGCACAGUGAGAAGCUCUCAGUUUGUCCAGAGUGUAUGCACAGUCUGAGGUGUGCAAUCUUGGGCACUUAUUGGCCUGGAUUGGAGGGCAUGUCCUAUAGCAAGAAGUUGGAUAAACUUGGGGUUAUUUCCUCUGGGUAUUGGAGCCUGAGGGAAAAUCUGAUAGAGAUUUAUAACAUUAUGAGAUGCAAAGGUAGAGUAGACAGACAAUAUCCCUUUUUCCCAGGAUUGAAAAGUAUAAUACCAGAAGGCAUGCUUUUGGUGAGAGGUGAUAAUUCAAAGAAAAAGUAAGGGGCUAGUUAUUUUACACAGAGAGUGGUGAAAUACGUUGCCCAGCAUAGUGGUAGAGGCAGAAACAUCAGAGGCUUUUAAGAGACAUUUAGAUAGGCACGUGAAUGUGAGGUAAAUGUGAAGAUAUGGACGGUGUAGACAGAAGAGAUUAGUUUAGUUGGCCAUUUGAUUACUAAUUUAGUUAGUUCAGUUUGAGCCUGUUCAUGUGCUGUAUGGUUCCAUGUUCUACGUGCUAUAUUGAAGUAUCAGCCCUUUAGUCUUUUCCUAUUUAGUGCCUGAGAAGAUGGAACACAAGCUUCAAACAGAAAUAUUGAUAAGCAAUCGUUUCACUUUAAGAGACAUCCUCAGGACCUGAUUCAGUAAACUGGGUGUGUUAUGUGCAUCAUACAUUGCAUGUAAACCCUGUCCUUGGGUAGCAUGAUCUGUAGACAGUGCAGAUGAUGCUCCACUCUACCUCAGUAACUUCUCCUCACCACACAUUGCCUCUGACUGCAAAGGGGUAACACUUAUACUAAAAGAAGAAUUCUUUCAUGGACAUGUUCCCUGCUACCAUGUCCAUCUUUCCUCUGGAUAGUCUGAAGCUGAAUGAAACCAUUCACAACCUCAUUCCAAAAUCUGCCUCCAGUGCCUCAAUAGCAUCACUAUGAACACUUCAUCCCUCCACCAAAGCAUCAACUCCACACCCCCUUCCCUUCCUGUAUUGAUGGAGAGUCUCACCUCAAAACAUCAACUGUUCAUUCCCCUCCAUAGAUGCUGCAUGCCCUGCAGAGUUUCUCCAGCACUUUGUGUGUGGAGCAUGGACUCACAUCUGCCUCAGCUCACUGUUACUGGAACUGUACCUAGAUGUGAUUUACAGUACCUCAACACCUUUUGUGACAGAUUGUCAGAUUUAAACCUCUGAUUCCCAUGUACCCCCACUGUCUCCAUGCCCAAACUCCUUUGGUUCAAUGGUGAUCUAUAAUUUCUACAAAACAGGCCGUACGCCGGGUAACAAUUAGUUUUUGUCCAUAUGGCUAUCCAAUCAAUUGAUCUCUGUCUUAAAUAUACCUCAAGACGGCCUCUGCAGAUGCCUGUGACAAUGAAUUCCACAGAUUCACCACCCUCUGGCUAAAGAAAUUCCUCCUCAUCUGUUCUAAAAGGACGCCUCUCUAUUCUGAGGCUGUGUCCUCUGGUCUUAGACUCUCCUACCAUAGGAAACAUCCUCUCCACAUCCACUCUUAGCAAGGCCUUUCACUAUUCGACAGGUUUCAGCGAGGUCACCCCUCAUUCUUAAUUCUAGUGAAUUGCUUUUGCUGAAAUCUGAGCUGCUCCCCUGCUGUCUUCUGACAAUCGAAGUACACACAUCAACCAAAUAUCCUUUGUCUAUCCUUCCGAUAGCCCAUAUAUUUUGGAAUGUGGGAAGAAACCAGAGCAUCUAGAGGAAAUACACACAGUCAUAGAGAGAACAUUCUAACAGCUUACAGAGAGCGGGGUGGGGGUGGGGGUGGAGUUGAGCCUGUGAUGCUGGCCCUGUAAAGGCCUUACACUAGCCAUUACACUGUUGUGAUGGUCCAAAUGCUAACAACUUCCAUGAUAUUGUAAUGGAUGCAUCAAACGCACUUAAAGCUGAUGAGAAAGAACUGAAGCAAAAACAGAAGGGAAACUAGUUAUGCCAUUCUGUAUGUACAUCAGACCUUCGUAUUUAAUAAUAUUACAGGAACUCAUUGUGUAUAGGAUGACCAUAAGUUGGGUGUCUUAACACGGUGUGACACGUGUGGCUUCUCCGUGUACCAAUUUUAAUCGUGUUCUGAUGCUUGGAAUUAAACAAAGGAAAUCCCUCCCUAUAACUCUGAGCCUGCCUACCUUCAAAGGACUCCUUUAAACUCACCUCUUUGAUUAAACAGUUGGUCAUUGGCAUUAACAUCUCCUUACAUGGCUGUGUCAGAUUUUUGAUUGUGCUUCAGAGCUUAAACAGUAAUUUAUGGGGGUUUUAGCUGGUUCAGCACAUUUUGAACCAAAGACCCCGUUCCUGCGUUGUACUGGUCUAUGUUCUAUGUGUAUUUUGUGAAAGUUGGGCAGAAGUUUUAAAUGUAUGCUGCGCGUCCUGCUGACUUCCACUAGCAGACUCUUUGCUGUUCCCGCUGUUGCUCUCCUGUUAUCACGAUCUGGCAGCCUGUCUGCCUGCCAACCCUUUACGCUUCUUGCACCGGGAUCCUGAGUCACUGGUAUAAAUGUAAAUUGAAUAUAGAUCAUUACAGUACAGCGCCAGCCCUCCUGCAAACAAUAUUGUGCUGAGCUUUUUACCAACACUACGAUCAAUCUAACCCCUCCUUCCUACAGAGCCCUCCAUUUUUCUAUCAUCCACGUGCCUCUCUAAGAGUCUGUUAAUCAUUCCCAAUGUAUCUGCCAUGACCACCACCCCGGCAGUGAGGCAAUUGUUGAGGCUGGAGCACUGCUCACUAUGGACCCCAUCGGUUGAUGAUCAUCAAAUGAAUCAUUUGUCCCAAUUCUCUCCACAUCCUCUCCAUAACCACUCCAUCUUGACCUCUGGUCCUAGACUCCCCCCCCCCAUAGGAAACAUCCUCUCCAUAUCCACUCUAACUGUGCCCUCUGGUCCUAGACUCCCCCACUAUAGGAAACAUCCUCUCCAUAUCCACUCUAACUGUGCCCUCUGGUCCUAGACUCCCCCACUAUAGGAAACAUCCUCUCCAUAUCCAGUCUAACUGUGCCCUCUGGUCCUAGACUCUCCACUAUAGGAAACAUACUCUCCACAUCCACUCUAUCUGUGCCCUCUGGUCCCAGACUCCCCCACUACAGGAAACAUCCUUUCCAUGUGCAUUUCUGUGCAAUUCAUUGCUUAUUUUAUCUCUCUUAAUGGUAAAGCUCUUUUAUAGAUCCUAUUUGCAAAGUAACUCACAGGUUUAAGGGACUGUAGUGAUUAUCAAUAAAAGUACAACUAGCAUUUAUAAAGCUCCUUUGGUAUUAUUACACUUUCGAGGCACUUACUCAGGCUCAGAAGAAGAUAGGGAGCACAGAAAGGUGUGUUUGGAUGGAGACGCAGUAUCGCUCAUUCAUAGUCAAUGUAGAAAACAAGAAAUAAACUUUCAGGAGUAAAGCAUCAACAGCAAAAUAGUGAGUGAAUAUUUGCACUGAAAUCCAAAAGAAUGUCCAGGUUUGUUUUCCAAGCUUACACUCCAGCUAUAUAUCUGCUUUCUCCGAGGUGUAUGCACAAUUGUGUGUAUGUGAUUAAAAUUCUGUUCUAACAUGCAUAUUCUACAGUAAAACUGAUAAUCAGCCACGCUCAGGGGUUAUUGGUGUCGGACUGACUGAUUUAUUGGACUGUGAAUGUUCCGAUUAAUUCCCCCACAUACAUCGAAUACAGGUUUUAAAUAUUACAGAAUAGUAUAACAAUUCUUUUCAAUUAAUGACAGUAAAGAAGAAAUUUUAAAGGUGAAUUUAAAGGGUGCUUGGGAACAAGGCUCUGUGACCCUAUGAAGAGCUUAGGGAUGUAGGAGAUCAGAAAAAUCACCUGGAGAAUCAGCUGCUGAAUGAUUGAGAUCUCUGAGCAGAUUUUCAUAGUUUUACACCAUAACUUAACUUAAGAUGAGUUUUAUCACAUUAUAAAUCAUUCUCUUUAGACGAUCAUAAUUCAUGAUAUUUUUCACUUAAACUUAUACAGUUCUGCUGUGGUGCUAAUUGUUGAUUGCUCAAUGCUCUUUGCACUAUAGUAUUCUAAACUGUUGUACUGUCCUGUGUUUUAUGUUUGGCACAGAACCACAAUCAAUUCUGGUAUGUUUCACAUACCGGCAAUAAAGCCAUUCUGAUUCUGAAUUGGAAUCAUGCGAUUAUGACAAUGGUUUUGAUAUUGCCAUCUUUGUCCCAAAUGAAAUUAUUAUUAACAUAAUUUUUAUUGCACAUAAUGAAUUAUUUUAAGAUAAUUGAAUAUUGCAUCAGAAUAACUUGAUAACAAACUAUAUAAAACAUGUUCUAUGCAAUUACUGUGAUAAAAUAUAAAAUAUACUGUUUUAUCAACAAUAUUCUUAUUCUGUUGCUUAAAGUUGGAGAAAUUGUAACAUUUAGUACGUAACGAUGAGUAAAUAUUCUCCACGUUUCAAUUACUCAACUUCUUAACAUGAAUAUUGUAAAAUACAGAUAAUAAAAAGAUUGUUUGUUGUGAUUAAUAAUGAUUUCAUCUGCACACAAUUCAACCAGUAAGUAAGUACAUCUAUCUGCCUAUGUAUUUGUCUGUCUGUCCAUCCAUCCGUCUGAUUUUGGGAAACAUGGAAUUUCAAUGCACAUCAAGUUCAAAUUCCAUUCUUACCUGCAUGUGGAGAUUGUACCAGAGGUGGUCUGCACCAGUUUAAGGAGAGGUGAAGGCCACAUUGUUUUGCAAGUUCUUUGUAAUUUGGAAGCAGUGGAUACAGGUACCCAUACACACUGGGAGAAGUCCAAGUAUGUCCAGCAUCAAAAUUCAAGAGGACUAGGAGGAGUGCAGAGAUGCAAGGUAGCUUCACUGGAGAGGAAGAAAACACCCUCCUCGAUGAAAGGAUCUCAGAGCCACGGUUCAUAAACACAAGAAGUUCUGCAACGGCUGGAAAUCCUGAGCAUCACAAGGGGCUGGAAGAACUCAGCAAGUCUGGCACCAUCUUUUGAAGGGGGUGAACAGUCAAUGUUUUGGGCCAACAUCCAUAAUCAGGACUGAGAGUGACAGGCACAGAAGUCUGCAACCUGAGAGCAUGAACUUUGAUUUAUCUAACCUCCAAUGAUUCCUUCCCCCUCCUCUUCUCUCAUUUUACACUCCCCAUUCUGGCUCCUCUCUCUUCUACUCGCCUGCCUAUCGCCUCACUCUGGUUCCAUACCUCCUUCCCUUUCUCCCAGUCCACUCUCCUCUCCUAUCAGAUUCCUUUCUUUUCAGCCAUUUGCUUUUUCCACUGAACACCUCCCAGCUUCUGACUUCAUUUCCUUUCCCCACCCACCAAUCUUAAACCAUAUGACCAUAAGAUAUAGGAACAGAAUUAUGCCAUUUGGCCUAUUUAGUAUGCUCAGCCAUUUUAUAAUGGCUGUUCCAAUUUUCCUGUCACCCCAAUCUCCUGCCUUCUCCGCAUAUCCCUUCAUUUCCUGACCAAUCAAGAAUAUAUCAACCUUUGCCUAAAAUGUACAUAAAGACAGCCUCCACAGAAGCCUGUGGCAAACAAUUCCACAGAUUCACCACUCUCUGGCUAAAGAAAUUCCUUCUCAUCUCCAUUCUAAAAUGAGGCCCCUCUAUUUUGAGGCUAUAUUCUCAGGUCUUAGACUCUCCCACCACGGGAAACGUGCUCUCCGCAUCCACUCAAUGCCUUUCACCAUAUGAUAGAUUUCAAUUAGGUGAACCCCUCAUUCUCCAGAAUGCUAGUCAUCAAAUGCUCUUCAUAUGACAACCUAUUCAAUCUUGGAAUCAUUUUUGUGAACCUCCUUUAGAACCUCUCCAGUUUCAGCACAUUCUUUCCAAGAUAAGGGCCCCAGACUUGCUUACAAUCCUCCAAAUGAAGCCUC